CGACACUCAAAAAGCACCCCAGCACACUGUGACUACAGGGCGUCCUCCAGAACAUCAUACAUUGCCUUAGCCUGACCGUACCACGAGUCUUAUCACCUGCGCUCCAAUUUGCGCCACCCUAAUCAGACUGAAUGGCAUCCCACGUACAGGAAAACGAUCCGAAGCCCACCUGCGCCUCCUAGUUGAGGGUUGAUUACAACCGGUCGCGUCGACUGCCGGCCACCGUGCUGGCAGGAUGGGCCCUCUGAGAUCUGUGCAGGCAAGAACACGCCCGCGCAGAGAGGUGAAAAAGCUAUCAAAAGACUUCAACAACUCGGACGAGGAAGAUCUCGCAGAUUUUCAGGGCGCAGAGCCUCCCUCGAAACGCAUCCGCACGUCGCGCCGGGCUCAACCUUCACUCAAGUGGACACCGGGUGGCAGAGGAGGCGGUGGCAGACAUGUCGAUCACGAGAGUACCCCUUCGACCACAAGGACACCUAAUGCGGACGAAGAGUACGCGCUUCCCCGUACACGCACGAGACAAAGCCGCAACCCCAAGAAGACGAUGAUAUCCACCCCGCGAUACUCCGCCAGAAGCAGAAACAGAGGCGGCGCACGGCCCCGAUAUAGUACAGCAGCCGCGGCCUCUGCCGCGGUGACACAUGGAGACGGAUACAAGCCUCGAGAAGAGCGUGGCUGGGAAGAGUUCCAUCCUGAUCUCGACCUUGAUGCGGACUUUGCCGUGUUACCUUCAGAAGAAGUAGACGGACUCAUCAAAAAGCCCACAGCAGAUGCAUCUAGCCAAGGCGCCUUGACCCCGACGGAGGGCGAAAGCCCCGCUCUUGGGGUUUCCACGCCUUUGAAGAGACGACCUGGAAGGCCACAUCGCACCCAGAAUUCGAUGGUCAACGCUCUUCUGACACCCGAAGUUCCCAAGUUCGUGCCCAUGCCAGGACCAAACCCACGAGAACGUCUCACUUUACCCAAACCCUCCUACCGAGAACUCGAUCCUUUCUUGUCCUACGAACUAAACAAGGACAUUGCGCAGGUCGACUUUGUGGACAAGGCGAUGGCAAAUGUUGGGUACCAAGAGAGUGAAAUCUUCCUCCGGCCGGAACGGACGCUGAUUAGACAGAUGGAGGGCUCUGCAGAAGAAGACCUCGAUCUCAGUCCAGACCUCAUGACACACGGAGAGAAUUCUGCUAUUGGUAGUACCGGCGUUGGGCGAGUCGAGUAUGACAUGGACGAACAGGAUGUUAAGUGGCUUGAGGCUUUCAAUAAAGGGAGGACCAAAGAUGGUGUCCAGAACAUCAAGCCCGCAAUAUUUGAGAUUACAAUGACCAAAAUCGAAAAGGAAUGGCAUGCAUUAGAAAAGAGAAUACCGAAGCCCAACCCCAAGGCGCCUCAGACGCAACGGCCACGAUCGAGCUCCGCCGCAGCCGUCAAUGGUGAGCCUGCUGGAGAAGAGCCUGACAGCAAAUGCGCAAUCUGCGACGACGGUGACUGCGAGAAUGCCAAUGCGAUAGUGUUCUGCGAUGGCUGUGAUCUUGCGGUACAUCAGGAGUGCUAUGGUGUACCAUAUAUUCCCGAAGGACAGUGGUUGUGCAGGAAAUGCCAGCUUGUGGGAAACUCUCGACCGAGCUGCAUAUUCUGCCCCAAUGAGGGCGGCGCCUUUAAGCAAACCAACAACUCAAAAUGGGCGCAUCUCUUCUGUGCCAUCUGGAUUCCAGAAGUCACAAUCGGCAACCCAUCCUUGAUGGAGCCUAUUACAGACGUUGAAAAAGUGCCCACAAGUCGUUGGAGACUCGUCUGCUACAUCUGCAAACAGGAGAUGGGGGCGAGCAUUCAAUGCAGCGACGGCCGUUGCUACGAGCCUUUUCAUCUAACUUGUGCGCGCCAAGCUGGCCUCUUUUUGCAAAUGAAGACCGGAGGCGGCCAGAAUACCCUGAUGGAACCGUCGCAGCUCAAAGCCUAUUGCCACAAACACACCCCUGGUGACUGGAAGCGUCAGCACCACACUGACAAAGCCUAUGAAGAAGCGGUCAAGUACUUCAAGGAACACUUCCGUGGGCAGAUCUGGGCAGACAGCCGUGCAUCUGCCUUGGCGAUCCACGAUAUCCAAGAUACGCCUACGACAGACAAGGGUCAUCUGAAGGUGACUCUGACUAACAAGAAGGGACAAAAGCAAAAGACGGUCUGGCGACUUCCCUCAGGUGCUCCUGUAAUCCCCGAGGUUAUUCUCAAGUCCAUCGAGGAGUCCCUGGUAAGAUUUAAUGUGCAGAAGAAAAAGGAAUAUGUCUCUGAGAUCUGCAAAUACUGGACCCUUAAACGCGAAGCUCGUAGAGGGGCUGCUCUUCUGAAGCGACUGCAGCUACAGAUGGACACAUUCAGCUCCUUCGAGGUCACACGUCGCGAUUACAAGGCCCAAGGCGCGGGGGGCCGUGCCCGGCUGGAGCGUCGCAUAGACUUCGCUGAGAGGUUGGCAAAGGACAUGGAUAUGAUUGUGCAGCUAUGCAACUUGAUCAAAGAACGCGAAGCGGCGAAACUUCAAGAGGCUCGCCUGUUGAAGGAAGUCGUCGACAUCGUCUACUUCCCCGUUCCACAUCUUCUAGAGCCCAUCAUCGAGAAAGCGCUCAAACUUGACAGAGGACUGUUCCGUACCGCCUUACUCGAAUUGCAGGCCAAAGUCCUCAGAAAAGAGCACACCUCAAUCGCGAGCUUUUCCAAUGAUGUGGUACAGGUGAUCAACUCGCAAUUCGGCAACAGUGCAGGAAGCAUCUCGGAAUUAAUUUCCUUGGUCAGCGGUCGAGCCGAAGACAUGAAACCCGAAGAUCGGGAUCGCCGAACACUUGCCCGACGGAUCGUCAAGGGCAUUGAACCACUUAUCGAGGAUGCCACCCGAAAAGAAGCUGAAUUGCACGGUCGGCCCUACGCUGAGCAGAUCAGAGAGAUGGAUGAAGCCCUCCUCUCUCGACGUGGCUCGUUGGCACAGUCCGCGGAAAUUCCGGUCAUGGAUUCUGUCGAAUUGAAACACGAGGUUGGAAUCGCCAGUCCAGCCGAGGCCGAUGUUGAAAUGACUGACGCUACAACGACUGUGCAAGAAUCGACUCGGAACGAGGAAACCAUCGAGGACUCGGAAACGCCUGCUGGACAAGAUGAUUUGCUCAAGCACCACGGUCUGGAGAUGGCGUCUCACCUUGUCUCUGCCAGUACACCGCCAGCUUCCACGAAUGGAUUUAGGCAUGAAUCCCAUGCAAAUGGAAUUGUGCCGGUAGAACAAAUACAACAAGUGGAGCCACCGACACCACCAAUGAGUUUGGAAGGUCAUUCUCAGAGUCUCCAGUCUGAAGGUGGCAUUCCUUGGUAUGUUACUCAAUUUGAUCCAGAAGGCACGACCAUCUUCGAAGAACGCUGGACGGGACCAGAAGUGUUACGUGAAAUGAGUGAAGAGCUGAGUGAGAUGGAUGAAGACGAGCUCCAAGGACUGGGUGCAGGCGAUGAUAUCGUCGGACACACUGAUGGUGCCGCCAUCGGUCACGAGACCACAGACUCAAAGACCGAGGACGUUACAGCCAAGAAAAGGAUCCUGAGGAGCAAACGGAGUAGGGGCCCUGUUUGGGGUACGAGGUCUUUCCGGACCAGAAGAUGAGAGAACAGGGGAUGGAUCAUUGUUGGAUGCACGCGUCGGCUUCGAUUACACCAACCCUCUUUCUUGGGCCACAUUCUCAGUGUGACUGCUUAGCUGUAGUAUUCAAUAGCAAAUUAGCUUUAUUAACAGUCUGAACGCGGUUCAUCACAGGA